ACAGAUGAGCGGCAUCGCAGCGGAGAUCGGUUGUGGACUUUGGGUGAUGUUUGUGCCAAGCACAUCCUCCGCCAGCCACACCCUCCCGCCUCAUGUGCUUGCAGGACUCGGUUUCUGUGCGGUUGUCUGUGCACUUUGCCGUGCGUGCGUGUCGGUGCGAGCACCCGCAGCAUCAGUAACACAAAGAGGGUCGAAGAGCUGUGGAUGGGAGAUACAAGGCGCGGUGGGCAACUUCAAGACCGAUUUGCGGGCAAACAAGAUCACUUAUAAGCCCCAGAGAGAGGAGGCAACAGCAGCGCCGCUGGUCUGGUCUGGGUAAAAGAGACAGACAUUGUGCAGAAGGCCAGAUCGAUGUUCCCUAAGAUUUUACUGCAGUGGUGCGCAGCCCUGUCGAGUUGUGCCGUUGAAAUAGAGAGGCGACGACAGGGCAAAUUCCAGCCGUUCAGACGCCUGUUUGGGAAGAGGAAGAAGAAGGCAGAAGAGCGGGACUUCGAUACAGCAGAGCUGAAAACUAGCUUCACCACAGGGGAAGUGUCUAACGGAGUCAUCUCAGAUGAUGAGACCAAUCAACAUCUGAGGGAGCUGAACCCCAUUGGGUCUCAAGCCCUCUCCCACAACAGUGUGUUUAUCCCAGAGGAAGCAGUACAGGAGCUCAGCCCAGAACAAACCAUGUCCCAGGAAAACGUCUCCGAUAAAGUCAGGAACUUGCAGCGGCAGAUAGCACAGAAUAUCAAGUUUGGCCAGAAGCCCCCCUCUCUGAGGAAGAGUGAGGGAGAUGAGGGCAGCUCGGAUGAAGAGGAGGUGCCCAGUAGCCCUCUGAGGGUCUUAGCCCAGGUGGAAGCUGAGCCAGUGGACAUAGAGCCAAAGGGGGCCAGUCGGGACCAAGAGGCCAGUGAGAGCCAUGGAGCUCCCCAGGCUGAAGCCCCCAGCACUCCAGUGAAAUCUCCCAUGUCCAAACAAGUUCUUCCAGCCAUCGGCACCAUUGAGUCCAUCGACCUGGAUGGAGUCACACAGUCUGUCCCUCGCCUGGACAACACCGCUGCCAAGCAUAAGCUGUCUGUCAAACCCAAAAACCAGAGGAUCUCCCGCAAGCACCACCGGUAUACACAGGAUCUGCAAGAGGUGGAUAUCCCUGGCGUACAGCAGGAGGAGAAAGAUGCAGCAGACAGCCAACACAGGAACGCUGAGGAGGAGACACCCCCAGAGAAAACCAAGAAGCAGAAACUGCAGGAGGAGGAGAGAUGGGAGUCCAGGAGAAAGAGAGAACUGGCGGAACAGAGGCACAGAGAGGAAGAGGAAGAUAGGAAGAAGAAAGCAGAGGAGUGGCGGCUGUGUGAGUUAGAGGAGGAGCGAUGUUGCAAACAAGAGGGACGUAUACUUAAAAAGGAGGAGGAAAGGAGGCAGAGAGAGGAGAUGGAGAGGAGGAUGAAAGAAGAAGAGGAGAGGAGGCAGAGAGAGGAGAUGGAGAGGAGGAUGAAAGAAGAAGAGGAGAGGAGGCAGAGAGAGGAGAUGGAGAGGAUGAAAGAAGAAGAGGAGAGGAGGCAGAGAGAGGAGAUGGAGAGGAGGAUGAAAGAAGAAGAGGAGAGGAGGCAGAGAGAGGAGAUGGAGAGGAGGAUGAAAGAAGAAGAGGAGAGGAGGCAGAGAGAGGAGAUGGAGAGGAGGAUGAAAGAAGAAGAGGAGAGGAUAGAGAAAGAAGAAGAAAGAAGGAUGAGAGAAGAUUUGGAGCUUAUGCAACGAGAGGAGAAGGAGAGGACACUGGAGGAAGAGGAAAAGAAGAAAGAGGAAGAGGAAAGAAGUAGGAAAGAAGAAGAGAAGAGGAAGCAGUGUGAACUGGAGGCAGAGCGUCUUCGUGUAGAUGAGGAAAAGAGACUAAAAGAGGCAGAAGAGGAGGAAGAGAGAAUGAAAAAGCAGUUGAAGAAAAAGAGAAAACUGCUUACAGAGGAGGAGAGGAAGAAAAAUGAGGAGGAGGAGGAGGAGGAGGAGAAGAGGCUGUGUGCAGAAGCGGCUGCGAGCAGCUCUGACCCUGAGAGGAAGAGGAGGGCAGAGGAGGUGCGCUGGAGAGAGAUGGAGAAGAGACAGAGGCCGUUCACUGUCAAAGGGUCCUCUGGGGAGAAGCAGAUCCUGUUCCAGAAGGUCAACCUAACGCCUGUUAUACCGGCCUCCAGUCAGCAGGGGAGCGCUGUGACUGAACACAGAGAGAGAGCCAAGGCCUCAUUGCUUGGAGGAGCUGACUCGCCCACCCUCCUGUCCUCUCAGUAUGUCUGCCACACAGCCAUCCUGGUGACAGGUGCCCAGCUUUGUGGGACUGCUGUCAACCUGGACCAUAUCAAAGAAAUCGCUCGUAAGUCUCUCCUGGGUCUGACAGAUGAAAAGAAAGCUACCAUGGAAACCCCACCACCAACCAAGAGCAAUACCCCACCAGUACGCAAGUCUGGAAAAACCAAAUCCCUCAGUGAGUCCACAGACCAGUCCAGUGCAGCCGUUCUUGCAGAGUGGGCCAGUAUCCGCUGCAAGAUAUUUAAGGGGGCGGAGGAGGGGAAGUAUGAGGAAUACCCAGACCCCCAUAGCCAAAGCCGACCCAGCAGUGAGGACCAGAGUCCGUUUCCCCAUACCAACCUCAGGAAGACCAUGUCCGCCAGCGCCAAGUUCUCUAUCACUCCGGCCAGGAAGAAGUUUGCCGACUCCAGCAGGAACUCUGAGGUGUUGAAUCCGGAAGAGAAGGAAGGAGGAAGCCCAGCCUCUGCUCUCUCCAACAUCUCCCCCAGCACCGCUGUUCCCCCUGCAGCCUCACCAGCCCCAGGCAGCAAAGCCCAGAGCAGUUGUGGUAAGACCGUCCGGAUCGCAGCCAGAAAAGGGGAGUGCAUGUUUGCCAAAGACCUCCCAUCGUUCAUAGUCCCCAGGUCUUCCCAGUGGUCCCCCAGACCUGAGGGGUCAGUGACAGACGCUGUGAGCCUGGGAGGAGAAUCAGAGGACUCUGACGGCCGGGAGGAAGGGAGGGAGCAGGGCCAGCCCUCUCCUUUUGGGAUCAAGCUGAGGAGGACCAACUACUCCCUCCGCUUUCACAGUGAUCAGUCGACAGACAAGAGGAAGAAGAGGUACAGUGCCGGUGACAGCUUCAAUGGUGUCCCCCCACCUCUGACCCCCAUUGACCUUGACUCUGACACCUCAGUGUUCUCUGAUAGAUCCAGCCCUGCGUCUCCACUCAGAGAGAGCAUUCCUGGGGAAAAUCCUGGACAUAUGGUUGUAUGUCUUCCAAAGCCCCGUGUCCAAGCAGGCAAGUCUCCCACCCCUUCCAUGCACAGCAAGGAGGAGAAGCCAUCCAAGCCCUCACUCUACCAAAGACCGAGCACAUCCCCUAAACCUGCCACCCCUCCCCCCUCUCCACUCCCCAAGGUGGGCAGAGGGAGUUCAAGCGAUGCAGUGGUCCAGAGGACGAGGGUGGGGGCUGAUUCAGCUGGCCAUGAGGGGCGAGAUGAGAGGAGGGAAAAAACCUCAGCUGUGGCCCAGCUCCACAGGAACGGCCAGGGACAGGGCCAGGGGGGUCAGGGGGAGGAGGAGCCCAAGGAGAAGAGGUCCUUCUUCCCCUCCAUCAGUAUGCCCUGGAGGGAGAAGGCUGACAGGAAAACGGAGCUCAUCAGGAAAGAAGGGAAGCCAUCGCUGCAGAGCAGGCACUCGUUAGACAGCGUACGGGUCCAGGACAAGGAGGCGGGGCCUCCGUGGAUCACGCUGGCGCUGCAGAAACAGAAGGGCUUCAAGGAACACCAGCAGAGCCAAGACGAGCGCCACAGCAAUAGAGAGGCCAAACUGCCUGAUAAACAGGCCAAAGACAAAGACAGCUGUGUGUUGGUUAGUCCUUCAGAGGGUAAGGGGAGUGGAAACACCAGCCCUCCCAAAUCACAGACAGCGGAGGAAGCCAAGAGACCAGACACCCUCCUGGGCUGCUUUGAGCUCCGGGACCACCUGAAGAAAGCCAACACUCUGCCCAGCACAGUCACAGUUGAUAUUGCAGACUCCACACCAUCGCCCCCUGCAGUGAAGGAGGUGACCAAGCGCUUCCCGUCCACUGACUCUCCCCAGGUGUCCACUGAGCCGGCCUGGUUAGCUCUGGCCAAGCGCAAGGCCAAGGCCUGGAGUGACUGCCCUCAGAUUAUCAAAUAACCUCCUCUCUAACCUCUACACUGCAUCAGUACUGUACACACACUGCCCAUGAACUUUGACCCCUGUCCCAAACCAUCCCGACCUCUCCUCUCUGCCCCUGAUCUGCCCCUGCACUCUAACCUCAACCCAAGCCUCCCCCCAUAACCAUGUACUUGUAUGAUUAAAAGUGUGUUUCACAUUCAUAAUAUAAACACAGUCACACAUUUACAAACACGAACACUCCGUACAAGCAUGCACUUAUACAAACACCUGAAAACACAAACUUUAAGAUUACCUGGCUGUAUGUUAUCAACUAUAUGAUAUCUUCCAACAAGUCAAAAGAUCCUACAGUAGCCAAUCAUGGCCACUGCUGGCCAUUGCAAUAGCCAAUCCCAACCCUUACUUCCCAACAGUAGCCAAUCAAAGCACCACGGCUGUAAAUAGAUCAUGCACUUAACAUAAUACAAGAAAAAAAAGCUUAUGUAUUGAAAAGAUCAAUCCCACAGGUCUGAAAAAGGAUAUAGAUUCUUCAUUCAAGGGUACUUUGGGAACAGUGUUUUAAGGGCUACCAGUAACCAAUAAACCAACAUGACAGAUGUUGUAUCACCCAGUUGUAUCACCCUUAGAACAACAAUAUUUCUGUUACCUUUUCUCGUGGGUAUUAUUUCAAGCACUGAUUUUAACAGUGAUGAAACAAUAUAUUUGUAAUCUCUGAGCCUUGUCUGUGAUGUACAAAAGCUUAUUUUUUUAAACUUGUAUUCAAAAGCAGUACUUAGUAUAACUAUUCUCACUGUGCCCGUGAUGACUGUGACAGCUGUCUAAGAUACUAUAUUGCAAAAAAAAACUAAAAAAAAUCCCUUAACAAAGUUGUUUGAAAAUCACCGCAGUUUGUAAAAUAACACUAAAAUCUGUCAUAAUCAAAUGUCGACUGCACUGAAACACAGCACUAAAGACCAAGGUUCAGGUGGUUGUGAAUUGCACAGUAUUCUCAGCAUUCUAAUGUGUCAUGGAUUUUGCUUUGCUAUGGAAAGAGACUACCUGCCUGCUGUAACAUCCCAUGUGCUCAAGUCACCACUAGUGUGAUGAUCCAUAAGGCCUUUACAAUGUCCUCCAGCAUUUGGAAAGUCACAUUCUCUGAAUCCCAUCAUUAGACAAGUUAAACUAUAUCACAUCCUCUUAAUUUACCUCAAUGUGAUCUGAACCAAUCAGCCCUGCUGUGAGAACCUCUGCUGGGCUGUCUGUUGGUGACUGACAGCAAAUGGAUAUUUCUUCCAUCAUUAUCUUCCUCUCACUACUCAAUGUAAUGAUCUGUAUGUAUGGAUGUAAGUAUGGAUGUAUGUUAGAGGCGGUUUUACCAGGACAUUGGUCAGAAAGAAGCCCGUAAGGCUCAGUCAGUCACUUUGUCAUUUAUUCACCUAUUUUUUACCUUUGGUCGUAUGCAAUAGUGUAGUGUACACAGUGUUGUAUGAAAAAGAAAUUGGGGUAAUAAUUGCACUUUUUUGUCCCACUUAAAAAAGGUAUUCAUGAAAACAUCUUUAAAGUGAUGCAAAUGUUAUGAAUUAUAAAUGAAAUACUGAUGUCUGAA